AUGUCGAAUCAAGAACUUGCUCAUGCUGUACUGGGUGCAGUUGGUGGUGCUUUAGCUCUUGGUAUAACUUAUCCUUUAAUUACCUUAUCAACAAUUGCCCAAACUGCUGCCAAAAAGAAGGAAGCAGAAGAAGCAAGCACCACCGAGGAUGGUAAAAAACCUCAACCGACCGUCAGUUUAACAACUUUGGAAAAAAUCGCUCAUGUUAUCCAAAAUAAUGCUGCUUAUAUUGCUGCUAAAGAAAUUCUUAAAGAAAAAGGUCCAUUGGGAUUAUAUUCUGGGUUGGAAAGUGCAUUAUAUGGGAUCACUUUAACCAAUUUUAUUUAUUAUUAUUUCUAUGAAUUGACUUCCAAUGUAUUUUUGAGAGCCAAUGGGAAAAAACGUAAUGGAUUAAGUACUAUCCAAUCAAUAAUAACUGGUGCUAUUGCUGGUGCAUUCACUUGUGUUGGAUCUAAUCCUUUUUGGGUUGCCAAUACCAGAAUGAUGACCGAAAAGAAGAAGGAAAAAACUGCUACUGCUGGUGAUGCUGCCGAUGCCAAAGAAGAGAAUGAUAAUUCUUCCAAUUCUACUUUUAAGGCAUUGGUUAAUAUUGUUGAACAAGAUGGUGUUGGUGCUUUAUUUGCUGGUGUGUUACCAGCUUUGGUGUUGGUCAUUAACCCAAUUAUUCAAUACACUAUUUUUGAACAAAUUAAGAAUAUAAUUAUUGCUAAAGAUGGUCCUAAAGCAUUCACUGCUGUUAAAGCUUUUUUCAUUGGUGCCUUUGGUAAAUUGAUUGCUACUUCAUUGACUUAUCCUUACAUAACUUUGAAAUCAAGAAUGCAUAUCAAGAGAAAGAAAUUGAAUAUCGAUAAUCAACAACAAGAUGAAGAAAAACAAUUAUCCAUGAUUCAAGAAAUUAGAAAAAUUGUCAAAGAAGAAGGAUUGGAAGGAUUAUAUGCUGGAUUAGCUGUUAAAUUGACCCAAUCUAUUGCCACUGCAGCAUUUUUGUUUUAUUUCAAAGAAGAAUUGUUUUCUGGUAGUGUCAAAUUGAUUGAAAUUUUACGUGUGUUUAGUUUCAAGAAGUCACUCAAGUCUCCAGUUGUUCAAGUUUAA